AUGGCUCUCGUUUUCUUAAAAAGAUCAUCCAAUGUAACAAUCGGUGGAUCGACUUUCUCCGGUGGUGGUGGUGCACGGUUUCUGGCUGGUGGUGGGUUCGACAGUGGCGGUGGAGGUGGGAGGGAAGGUGGAGGAGGAAGCUGUUGUUUCAGUCUGGGAGAGGGCUGUGGUGGUUACAAGGUGGCGGUAGGUGGAGGUAUUGUGGCGGUAGGUGGAGGUAGAGUGGUGGUGGCUGGAGUUACUGGCGAUGGUGGAGGUGGGUCAACCCGAUUCUUAACUUCUUGUGGGUCCAUAAAAUCGGCCAUCAGAAGACGUCCCCCCUCAUUUGGGGGUGGAUGUGGCGAUGGCAGCACCCGGGUGGUGAAUGGUGGGGCAGCGGUUUGUGGGGAUUUAGAGAUGGUGGUUGUGAUGGUGUUGAGUGGGUGGUGGAUGGUGGGGCAAGGUGGUGUGGGGUGGAUGGUGGUUUGGGGUGGUGGUGGUGGUACGGGUGUGAGGGAUAUGGUGGCAGGUUGUUGA